CGUCCCAGGGCGCUCGACGGGGCACGCAGGCGAUCUGCGAUCUACGUGCUAGAUCGCCCCAUUCGCCGCCGUGACACGCGGUCUUGUUCGCAAGUCCCUUUUCUCUCUCUCUCUUUCUCUCUGUCUUGGGUUUGAGGUUUGCGCAGUGAUCGCGACGUCCACCCGUUAGACACAUCGCCGAAUAAACGACAAUCUGAACGGGAAAGGAUUACGGAGUCACGUUUAAUUUUCAUGUCUCGGUCGUUUUCUCCAUCAGAUUUUCUUCACGUUAACGUUUUCGUUUAGGGUAGUUUCACGACUUUGACGACCGAGCGUAGUGUUGUGAAAGAGAAGCUGAGGGAGUAAAUCUUGUCUUCGCGAUCAAGUGAUCCGAAAGUGCGAUCGUCAGUGAGAUCAUCGGAAUUAGAUCGUUCGUAUAUCGAUUCCGCGCCGUUUGCUCCCCUAUAGUCCUCCAGUCUUCAUCUACACCCCCGUAGUCGCGGUUUUUCGCGCCUGACUCGCGAGAGCAGUACGGCCACAUUUAUGGGGGUGUCCGGAGAGUGUGCGAUCAAGGGCAGCAAAAGCAGCCACCCCUGUCACUGCUGCAGCCACGUCGGCAGUUCCGGCGCGAGCGUGCAACAGUCGCAGCAGCAGCAGCAGCAGCAGCAACAGCAGCAACCUUACGAGCCGUAUCACCACCACCACCAUCAGCAUCAUCAUCAUCACCAUCAUCAUCACCAUCACGGCAAGCACGCACCGCCAAGCGCGUCGCCGCAGCACAACAACAGCGGCGACAACAACAUCCUGGCACCGUUGCGCAGCAAGAUGAAAGUGCUCAAGAAGCUCAAGCGCAAGAUGGGUCUAGCUCCCAGAUCCUCAAACGCGGGUACCAACAAUUUGCCACCGUUGACGUUUCACCACGUGCAUGGUGACAACAUCAGGCUGUGCAAUGGCGGUACAAUCGCUCGAAGACACGAAAGUUUUUGCAAGGGUGUUACCUUUAGCGCCAGACCGGUGCGAGUAGGCGAGAAGGUCUGCGUGAAGUUCCUGGAGAUUUCCGACAAUUGGAGCGGCGUGAUCCGUUUCGGUUUUACCAGCAACGACCCGAUCAAUCUUCGAAGUGGUUUACCAAGGUACGCGUGCCCAGAUUUGACGAAUAAGCCAGGUUACUGGGCUAAAGCUCUCGCCGAGAGGUUCGCGGAGAGAGAUACGGUACUCUUCUAUUACGUUACAUCGGCUGGUGACGUACACUUUGGUGUCAAUGGCGAGGAGAAGGGUCUCUUCUUCAGCGGUGUCGAGACUCGGGGUCCGCUCUGGGCGAUCAUCGACGUCUACGGUAACAGCACCGCGAUCGAAUUUGUCGAUCCGAAUCGUCAGCACUUCAACAACAUACGUAGGGGCGCCGAGCAUAGCAACGAGGACAAUGCGCAGCACAGUAGGCACUCUGCCAUGGAUGACGCCAGUAACGCCGGUCGGGAUGUCGAAAGGAUCAUCGUGCCGUCUAUGCAGAACAUGUCGAUUCAUCACGAACCUGACGUGGAGCUACCCGGUCUCAGAUUUCAACCCCCUGGCGUCCUUUUUACGCCUCUGCCUUUCCACUCGACUCGGGGUAGGAACAUCCGCUUCAGCAACCAGCAGUGCGUGGCGACGCGUACGGACACGGAGUUCUGUCACGGCUACGCGUUCACGAGUCGGCCGUUGUUGUUGGGAGAGCGAUUGGUUGUGCAGAUUCUCUCUACAGAACCGAUGUAUGUUGGCGCUUUAGCCCUAGGCCUGACUUCGUGCGACCCGGCACGGCUAACGGCAGAGGAUUUGCCGGACGAUAGCGACCUGCUGUUAGAUCGUCCUGAAUACUGGGUGGUCUCCAAAGACGUGGCGUCGAGUCCGCAGCCAGGUGACGAAAUUGCCUUCACGGUCACGCAUUACGGUGAGGUGCAGAUGAGCAAGAAUGGUGGCGCACCCAAUGUCGUCAUGCAUGUCGAUCAGAGUCUUCAACUGUGGGCGUUCGUGGAUGCCUAUGGAAGCACUCAACGUGUCAGAAUGUUGGCCAGUAGACCGACCUCACCGCCCCGGCAACGUCCAAGCAAUCCCUCGCCUGCCAAUGUCAUUCAACAGCAGCAGCAGCAUACCGGUUCGUCGACGUACGUCGACCCGGUGACCUACCAGAGCCUGGAUGGUACUUUGACAUCGUCACGCGCGGCCUCGUCCCAUCUGCAUCAAUGGGGCGAGGGCCUACAGCCAACGCUGAGCGAGUGCUCCAUCUGCUACGAGCGCAGCAUCGAUAGCGUGCUCUACAUGUGCGGUCACAUGUGUAUGUGCUAUACCUGUGCGAUUCAGCAAUGGCGUGGCAAGGGUGGCGGUCACUGUCCGCUUUGCCGGGCGCCAAUCCGCGACGUCAUCCGUAUUUAUCGUUCUUGAACAAUUCGGGAGUGACCGAAGGAGAGAGAAAGAAAGAGUGCGCGGACGUCUUCCUGGUUCUCAGCGCAGUCGUCGCCGUCGCCACCGCCACCGCGUCCAUCACCGUGCUUCCGUCGUCUUGGUUUCCUUCCGCGUCGAAUCCGUCGCGCUUCAUCGCCAUCGCGCUUCUCGCCCGCCGCCUCCAUGAUUACUGGAACGAACGAAC